AUGCCUCCCUCGACGCCGCAGCCAGCGGAUGAUUCUCACCAACAGCUCCUUGAUCAAAUGGACAUAUACUACACGCCAAAGCCUUUCCGUAACCCCAACUGGAAGCCCAGCACACGCCGGAACAAAAACACCAAACAAAUGAUAUCCGAAUCGCAACGCAAAGAAGCAUCCGUCUUUGCAACGCAGAACAACUCUGGCGCAUCGACGCCUAUCCCCGCCACAGGCGCAACCACGGAUGGUGCGGCCACUCCAGCAUAUUCUUCCACGGCCUCGAGGCCCCUCAACGUGGCACAGGCAGCUCAAAGCUUGAGUACAUUGGUCCUGGAACGAAACCUGCAAAGAGCUGCAAACGGUCCUGCUGUUGGACUGGGAGGUCCCGCCGUUACCUAUACGAACAUCGAGAGCGCUCCGAGUCUACAUCCUGCGAAUCACAAACACUACUGCGAUGUGACGGGCUUACCUGCGAAAUACACGGAUCCGAAGACGAAAUUGAGAUACUACAAUACAGAAAUAUUCGGGGUGGUCAGGACUCUGCCGCAGGGAGCACCAGACCAAUACCUGGCUGCACGAGGGGCAAACGUGGUUUUGAAAUGA